AUGGUGAGAAGAAGAGAAGGUCUUACAUUGCAAAUCUCAAAACCGACGGACCUUCCCGAGGUCAGAACGGUCAGAACAGCAGCGACAACGCCGGUGGGAUCACAGAAACCGAAACAGCGGUUGUCGAAGCAACUGCCCAUGUGCGAGACACCAAGAGACGUUGCUUGGGAAAGAAGGCGACGCCAGAUGAUAAUGAUUCAAGAAAAGAAGCUUCUUCACAAAGGCGUUUCGGAGAAUCUUGGCGAGCAGAAGAAACUAACCGAUGAGGAUUUAAACGAGCUUAAAGGAUCGAUUGAGCUAGGUUUCGGUUUCAAUGAAGAAGCAGGACAAAAGCUCUGCAAUACGUUACCAGCUCUUGAUCUUUACUUUGCAGUGACUCGACAGGCCUCGCCUCUCCCUUCACCUAGUAGCAGCCGUAGCAGCAGCGCAUCAUCAGCUUUCUCCUACAGUGUACCGUGUAGCCCCAAGAAAACUGAUUCAGAAUCAUUGAAGAUCUUCUGCUCAGGGGACAAUCCUCAAGAAGUAAAGCAGAGAUUGAGACAUUGGGCACAAGCAGUUGCAUGCUCUGUGAUGCAGUCUUAUUGA